CAGACGAUGCUACAAUGGCACUAGCCAUGGCAGUUGAGAAAGCUGGUACUACAAACUUUGGCUUCAAUAACACAAAUGUUUUGGCCAAUGCAACAGACCUUGAAGCACUUGGCGUCUCCAAGAAUGGGCCAAAACUCCUUGAAUCAUUAUCAGGAACAAGAUUCAGAGGUCUCACGGGAGAUUACACGUUUGUUGAUGGACAGUUGCAGUCUUUAGCUUUUCAGAUAGUCAAUGUGAAUGGUGAGGGAGCAAGAGGGAUUGGAUUUUGGACACCAGACGGUGGACUAAUGAAGAAGUUGAAUUCAACUAGUACAAAUUCUACUUCAAAAUCCCAGCUGGGAGCUAUUAUUUGGCCAGGAGACUCUAUAUCUGUUCCAAAGGGCUGGGAAAUUCCAACAAAUGGGAAGAAAUUGCGCAUAGGAGUGUCGGUGAAGAAUCGUUACAGUGACUUUGUAAAAGUCACAACAGAUCCAAGUACUAAAACAACAACAGUCACUGGUUGCUGCAUUGAUGUCUUCAAUGCUAUAAUGCAAGCAUUGCCACAUGCUAUCAGUUGUGAGUUCAUUCCCUUUGCUCUGCCUAAUGGCUCUAGCGCCCGUUCAUAUGAUGAUAUGAUCUAUCAAGUCAAGCUUGGGAAAUUUGACGCUGUGGCGAGAGAUACUACAAUUGUGGCCAACAGAUCACAAUAUGUGGACUUCACAUUACCAUAUACCGAAUCUGGAGUAUCAAUGAUUGCGCCAAUCAUAGAUGACAACAACAAAAGUCCAUGGGUGUUCCUAAAGCCCUUGUCAUGGGACCUUUGGGUUACAACUGCUUGUUUUUUCCUUUUCAUUGGAUUCGUCAUCUGGGUCCUUGAGCACAGAAUCAAUGAAGAUUUUCGCGGCCCACCUGAGCAUCAAGUUGGAACAAGCUUCUGGUUCUCCUUCUCCACCAUGGUUUUUGCACAACGUACGUAA